ACGUGACGUGGUUGCUAAGCAACGUUUGUUGUCGGCGUCGUUAAUCACGUGAAUAAAGUGAAUAGCGGAAAGUUGCGAAUAGCGAUGGAUUUACAGUUAUCUGACAGCAGACCAGCCCCCUCUGGAGCUGAUGAUGAGGAACUGCAAACGACAGAGGACAAAAGCCCUGGUCCAGGUUUGAGCAGCAUGCUUGACUCUGAUGCAGACCCCAUGGACAAGUUGGGAAAGAGGGAGAGUGGGGGUGAGAGCGAGUCUGAAACUGAGCAGGACAUGUUUCAGUCCCUUCAGGAACCCAGUUCUGUUUCUACCCACAGGAAGAACUCAUUCUCUCGUUCUCAACCCAAAACAAAAGGAGACCUCCACAUACACGCUGUCCUAGAGUGCGGCUGUGAGGCCAUGUCCUGUAAGUUCAAUGAAGACGGGACUCUGCUGGCAGUUGGACUCAGUAAUGGCUCCAUUAAGGUCUACAAAACUGACACUGGAGAACAGCUUAACACUCUUAAAGACCACGAAACCAUUGUCUCCUCUCUACCUGUCACCAGUCUGUACUUCACACACACCAGCCGAACAGACAAUGUCCUGCUGGCUACCUAUGCUAGCGGGUGUGUAAAGUGCUGGUACGUGUCUGGCCGGGAGUGUGUUUGGCAGCUGGCGGAAAAAAGCACGACUAAAAUAGGUGAAGAAGAAGUAAUGCAGAGGCAGACCCUCUGUCUUUCCGUCUCUCGUUCCGGCGAUCAAGCGGUGACCGGUGGCUCCGAUUCGACCGUCCAUCUGUAUGAUAUCCACACGCAACGAGAAAAACAGAUUUGCAGGCCCAGCAUGCUAAGGACGAUCAUGGACGGCCACAGCUCACGCGUUUUCGCCGUCAUGUUUCACCCCCUGACUGAGACGCAGUUCAUUUCUGGAGGAUGGGACAACACAGUUCAAUUCUGGGAUACCAGGCAACAACAUGCAGUCAGAAUGCUCUACGGUCCUCAUGUGUGUGGCGAAGCCCUUCACAUUGACCCAUUGACCAAUCAGGUCCUGUCCGGUUCCUGGAGGAAAGAAAACACCCUGGAGGUGUGGGAUUACAUCUCAUGCAAAAAAGUGACCAGUAUUCCUGCUGAUCCAGAAGGAGACAGCAGGAUGUACACGUGCCAGUGGCUGGGUGGAGAUCACAUCAUAGCAGCCGGAAGUAAAGCGAACACACUGAGGGUCAUCGAUCGCCACAGUUUCAAGGUGAAGUCACGCCUCUAUGACUUGCCCUAUGCCGUGUUCAGUUCCUCCGCCUGUCGGUCUGGAAAGGGGGAGUGGCUUAUAGCGGCCACCUCUGGAGACAGAGUGUUUCUUUUAAUCAUGGGCCAGUGAGAAAAAGCCUAACUGAGUAAGAGCAGAAAUGCGUUUCUGUAUUUUGUAUAGCAUUUAAAUCCAUAGCUGUAGCUGUCCAACAAAACAGUCAAAGUAAAAUGGAAACAAAUGGUUUGAUGUGGGACAUUUUGCCAAACAUUGUUUUUACAGUAAUCAUUCCAAUGUGUCCAAUAAUAUCAGUGUGGUAAUAAAAAUUAAUAGAAAUAUUCAAUCUUUUUUUUAA